AUGGCGGCGGAGAGAGUAGCGAAUUCGUUGAACCUUACAGCGAUAAAGAAAAGCGAUCAGUGUGCCAUGAAUAUCUUGGAUAAUGCAUCACAAGUGGCACUUUACAAGUUUAACGGUGAUACACAAGCCUGGGUAAGGCAGAAUUCAUUAUAACUUCCCUCUAUGCCGUAGUGCAUUCAAAUGUCGAUAUCCCCUUUCACUUUUGACGGCGUUUCCUUCUCGGUGGUUCUUCGUUUUGUAAAUAUUUAUGGUAGUGAAUCUUUGAUGAAAUGUUUAGUUUGAAAUGUUGAUUUAUUUUCACGUAGUAAAUGGACGUUGUUUUAGAUGACAAGAGUAAUCCCGCAAAUUAUCGCCAACUGUCUAAAUCUACGUACGUUGAUUUCAAUGCAUCGGCUUGUUAUAUCGUGUGAUAAAUGCUUGAUAAUUAAUUGAUUGUGGAAAGUGUCAUGAAGCAUUCAUUGUAGAAGAAUUUUUUUUAUAUAUGCAUGUAGCUAACUGCUUUUAUUAGCGGCUGGUGUUAUCUAAUAUCGACACAACAUACAUUAAGAUGUUAUUUAACUCCAAAAUUUAACUAUUUCCUCCAUCCCUUCUCGUGCACGAGCUUCAUAAUAGUUAUUGAUAUGUAGUGGUAUGUGCUGUGGUCCGAUUUUAUCCUUGAUUGAAUUUAUUCUCCCGUGUUCCAGAAUCAUUUUUGUACAAUAACAAAGCCGAAAUAAAAAAAAAAAAGGAACUGGAAAUUAAACUUAGCAUGAAUUUGAACCAAAUUUUGGAAUGUUAUCAGUUAAUGCUUAAACUUUAAAUUUCCUAAAUUGGGAAGGUUACAAUUAAGCAGUAUUGCAGUUGUAGAGAAUAUAUCCCUCAAUAUACAGAUAGCCUUAAUCUUCGAGUUUAGUUUGCAUCAUUGUCCAAACCUGUAUUUUUCAAUUUCACUACUUUUUUGAAGUGGUGAAAAAAUAUUUCUCUAAAUCUUUCUAAAAAUUCAAAUCCAUCCUGCAAUAUUGAUUUGGUAUCUGUCAUGUUAUUUUCCCAAACCUUGGUGAUCAAGUGAAGUCAUUUUUGUUGGUAAGACAUGGAGUUUCAACAUGGGAUUUGACAAGCUAUUUUUUUAUCUUGUUGUGAUGUUCAGAAUUCAAUAAUGAUUUUCUUUAUUUUAGGAGAAAACAGAAGUGGAAGGAGCCUUAUUUGUUUAUAAUAGGUGAGCAAAAUUGGUUACAUGAGUCAGCCAUACUUAACCCUUUACACCCUAACAUCAGUAUGCAUAUUCUCCAUACUGUUCUGUAUACAUUUCCUAAGGUGCUGACAAGGAGAAUUUGUUUACUGAUCAAGGGUUUCUUUUGUUGAUGAUCAUUUCCUUUAUUCUCAUUACGUUAAUGUGGGAUUCAGGUGUGAUAUUCUAGGGAGAAAUUAUAUGCUAGUCACUUGUUGGGUUUAAAGGGUUAAACUCCCAUGAGUGAGUGACCAACACAGAAUUUCUCCUUACAAUUUCAAUACAGUAUCAAGCAGACAAGUGAGGAGAAUAAAGAGAAUUAUCAAUGAAGAGAUAAUCAGUUAAUCCAAUACCAAAUUCUCCAAACUUGUCUUAAGAAUUGUAUGGCAGAUAGUAAGGACAAUUACUAAAAAAUGAGAUCUUACAACUGAAGAAGUUUCAAGGUUAAAUGCUUUUCAGGUACUGACCUUAUUUUUAUUUAAUUCCUGCAGGUCUGCUACACCAACAAGUGCCUUUUUUAUUAUGAAUAGAUUGAGUAUGAAAAAUAUGAUGGAGCCAAUAACAAACACAAUGGAGUUUAAACUUCAAGAUCCAUUCCUCCUGUACAGGAAUAGUGCAAGUGAGUAUGCUAUGUGCACUGUGACAUUCUGAAAAAAGAAGAGGUGAAGUAUGCUCCAGAAAUCCUAUAAUAAAACAGAUGAGUUUAUUUCUGCAGGAGUAAAUAUGUUUUGGGCCUGACUUAGAGUGAUCAUAGUCCCCAAGCCAUUUGGCAAGAAUUAAAAUGAGGUCUGAGUGUGGCUUAAAACAUGUUUAGUACAUUUUAGCUGGCAAAAUUAAUACUAAUUUUAGUAAUAAUUGUCUUUGUCUUUUAGAAGAGAUAUUUGGUAUUUGGUUCUAUGAUGUUGAGGAAUGCAAAAGACUGGCCAGCCUAUUGACUAUGUGAGUUGCAUGUUACUUUAAACCUUUACACCCAAACAUCAGCAUGCAGAUUCUCCAUACUGCUCUCUCUACAUUUCCUAAGGGUCUGAAAAGGAGAAUUUGUUUAACAAUCAAGAGUUCUUUAGUUGUUGAUCAUUUCCCUUAUUCUCAUGUCCUUAAUGUUUGAUUUAGGGCUGAUAUUGUAAGGAGAAAUUAGAUUACAGUCACUCUAAGGGUUUAAGGGCUAAAAGAAAUGUAUAUUUUAUAUUUCUUAGCACUGAUACUUCCUCUUCACCAACUUACAAUUUUUUGUGUGCUGAGUCUCACAUGUGGGACUCAGAAUGUUUCUUUUUCCCAUGCUUGUGAUAAAACAAAGAAACAUCUUUUGUCAAAAUUACAGCUGUAGGUGAAUGCCAUGUAUUAAACAAUACAUUUUCCACGGUGAAUCAGAUAGGGUGCCAGAAUUUUUGUAAGCAGGACUGUAGCUAUUCAGAAAAAAACUGAGCAUGUAUUUGCAAGCUAAGAUUUAAUUUUUUUUUUGUUAUUCUAGGAUCAGUUCCCAGAAAAAUGCAUCAGGAAGUGCCACAGUCAUUUCACCCAAACCAUCAUAUGCUCAAGAGAAGCCAAAGGUACAGGUAUGUUGUUAACUUAAAAACUCCCAUCUUUCACAUCAUUUGUAUCUACAGGGCUGUCACUAAGUUUUGAAGCAGCUGUUACAUUGUACAUAUCAGCUGUAGCAGUGAAAUAUUUUCCUAAGGGAAAAUUAUGUGAUAGCAACGGGGGUUUCAAUAACAUUUUCCACAAGUGGCUGCUGCUGGUGUAAUUGGUAGGUGUGCCCGGAAAGGGACCAUAAGGCAAAACCUAAAUAUCAGAACCAGGUACUUGUAGGCUAAACAGCAGUAAGAGGUCUUAGAGGCCGCAGUAUGCUGCUAGUAACAGGCUUUUUCUGAUACCCCUGUAGUUAUCAAAAUUUUCACCUAUUAUGUAAAGUGAGCUCAGCCAUAACAGGUGUAAUUGGUUACAGUCCUAAAUUGAUGGCCUAUGUUUUAUAUUCUUCAUUACAUAUACAGUACAGGGGUGAAGCUAGGAUUUUUCAAAGGGGGGGAAGGGGGUCACACUGCGUUAAACAGAAGAUACUCACCAGAUUGUCAUGUUGAACAUCCAUGGCAUGUUUUACUUAAAAGAAGGCUUACAAAGGGGAUCAUGGGCACUUAGGACCCCCCCAUCCCCCCAUCCCUCCCAGCUAUGGCCUUUUAGUAAAGGUCUCCUAGACCAUCCUUAUUAGUGGUUCCCCCUCUUCCAAUUACAGACCUAUUGCUGAGAAUUAAAUGCUUCUUUUUUUUUUUUUUUCAAGGAAAGUCCAAGCAAUACCACAGAGGAAAAAGUUGAUAUCAUGCAGUUAUUUGCCAAGGCCCAGGAGAAAUACAAUAAUCAGGUAUAUUUAAAAGCUAUGCUUCAAAUGGUCAUAUUUAACCCCUCAACUUCCACAAGUGAUUACCAUGUAACUUCUCCCAAUAAUAUCCAUUACAUUUUAGUCCAAGGCAAGCGGUGCAAGUGCAGCAGUUACUCAGGUAGUAAAGGCAGCCCCAAGACCACAGAUACCUUCUGAGCAAAGAGAACAUCAACAGCGAUUCCUCCAACAAAACCAACAACCACUGGAACAGUUUCAAAAAAUAUUGCAAACUCAGGACACUCAGCCAAAGAAGCAAAGAGCACACUCUACCCCUGUCCCCUACCUGUUAGGAAAUUUGUCACUGUCCCCUGUGGGGAAAGGACCAUCCAAAGGGGAGGGGCAACAGAAUGGUGUAUCACCAGCAAGGGAGGGACAGACAAGUAAGAAGAAACUGAAAGUGAAGAGUAUCCCUCUGUCAGAUGUGAAGGCUCCAGUAAUUUCAGGUGAGAUGCAAGGUGCCAUAGCAUGAUGCAGAACUACAUAUUUUCACCGAUUUUCACAUCGUUUUUAAGGAAUUUACCAUGUGCAAAACCAAUUCAGUAGGCCCAGUAAUAUCUUUGAGGGAUCUUUUGAGUAGACUAUCAGGGAAGUACCGGUAAACAGUGGAAAAUUGUAUUCAAAGAAACUGCUAGAUUAAAUGAGCUUUUAUUGUAAAUUAUUUCCAUAAAAGUAAACUAAAAUCAGCAGAUAAAUUAAUAUAUCUUGUGGGAAAUGUUAAAGUACAUUUAAUUGCAAAUCAUCACCAGGUUCCAUCAAACUUCUAAAGGGGGUAAUCAAAGGUUGAGGAGAGCGUUUUUACCGAUAUGAUUUCCCGCAAUAAAAAAAAGGAAUUUUUCGCUAGUAUUGCUAACGGCAAUGUUUUAAUUUCAAAAGAAGAGAAGCUAGAGUAGACACAAGUGUUUUUUUUUAAUUGUAUCAGGAUUCAUGAAAAAAAGUCAGGAUGACUCUGCAGUUACUGAACAAGGAAAAGCAGGUGCACAAAGAAAGGUACAACAAGUUUUGUCAGUUUACAAAAUAAGGAUUUUUUUCACAAGAUUUGAUCUUAAGGUUUAAAAUUAGGAAAUGCGAAUUAAAGUGUAAAAUAAACGGAACAUAUUCAAUGCAUCUGAAUUACUUAGCUCCAGCCAUUGAAAUUUAGAGGGAGAAUUCUGCAAGGUAGCCAGAGAUUCGCCCAUUUGCAAAAAGUUCUCACAGUUCAGAGAUCUGGUGACGAAAUUUAGGCACGAGAACGAGGCUAAGUACGAAGAUAUCUGAACUUUGAAUACUUGGAAAUGGGCUGUUCUUCGAUCCCUGAUGCUUGAUGCACACUCUACAGUCGUAAAUGAAUGAAUUAUCAAAAUGCUGAGGAAAUUAAUGUUUUCUGUUUCACGGUAGUUAUUUCAGAAUGAGAAGGUGGAAACAAAAAGCCUGGCCAUGGCACCUGCAACACCCACAGUUCCUCCACAGACAAUAAUGGCGUCUCAAGCAAAGGUGUGCCAGUAAUCCUCUGUUUUUUCCUUUAAUCUUAUCCAGGCACGCUUGACCCAUCUUGCUCACUCGUGUAGCCUAUCGAUAUAGAGGAUUUGCUACAUCUUACCCACUGUCAGAGCAAGUUAUAGUAUAAAACAGUAUACUCUUCCUUGUCUGUGCUAGGACUCUCCCCAGAAGCCACAGCCGGACCAAGGGGGUGCCACAGCAGCAUCACUUAUGUCUCCAUUAGCGUUCAAAACCUCAGGGAAAGUGACUGUUCCAACACCAACACCACCUCAGCCCAAACAGCCUCCAAAAAUGGACAUCGCUCCCCUAACACAAGAACAACUAGUUCAAGCGCUGACAUAUUUAUUAAAGGUAUGUUUCAUCAUUUUUCUAACACUUUUUACACGCACAACGCUCUCGACAUUGCUAAUCCCAGCAGUAUGCAGGAUAUAACCAAAGCAACAGCAGGAAUUUUAGGACGUAAAGGAGUUCAAUUCUGGACGACUCGAACUCUUAACUAUACAUGUCAUUGCCAGUUAUUUCUACAAAAAAUGUUCCAAGCAUAUUACAUUAAGAACCGAACAACUAAUUACAACAUUGGAAAUAACAUAGGAAUAGCACAGGAAAUAAGAGACAAGUGGACAAUUACCUGACGAUUUGGGAACACGGCGAAACAGCAUUAAGAACGUAACGUUACUUAUGAUCACUUUUGAACUUGAGCGAACACCUGUUCACCUGCUCAUAACCCGCGCGAAGGUCAAACUAUUUGAGGAAAGCCGCGUGGACUGGAACCAGGCGGGAGAUUGGCUUCCAUACAGGAAGUGUGUCACAUUUGAAACCUUCUAAUAGCCUAGCUCACCUAAGAAUUCCCUUUGGAUUAGAGUGUCGGAGCGCGGAAUCCAAAGGUCUGGAGCUCCAUUUCAAAUGGCGGACUCAAAGCUCUGCUCUUUCCCUUGUUCGCGACAAGAGCGCCUUUCGAUUGAGCGUCGUAAAACAAAAACCAAAGUAAUCAAAACGGCCGAUCAGAAGAGAGGAAGGUACCAUUUAGUGCCAAUGAGAAUUUUAAAUAAAACCAACCAAACUACCUUAAGCGCGGGAAAAGGCAAGCGACCGAUUCAUGAUCGGUUUUAGUUUAGCAACUGAUUGGUUGAGAGAGUGGUGGGAGUUUUCUGGACCAAUCACAGAGCGAAGUAAAGCAAAGCAAAGAAAUCCCGGAUUACUUUUGACGCCCAGUUGGAAAUUGCUUCAAUAUCGUUCAUCACUAUGAUGAAAAGCCCAAAACCUUUAUUUGCGGCAGUUACACUUAUGGCACAACCACUUGGAUGGCUCAUUAAUUUCUUUUGCGACUGUUUUAUUUCGUAGAAUGACUCACAGUUCGUAGCCAAAAUACACGAGGCAUACUUCAAAAGUCUUCAGGAGAAAUUACCAACGUAGCCAUAACUGUCUCCACGAUUGGUAUUCCUUUGUCAAUCAGCAGGCAAAAACCUGGAUUCCUUUUUGCAGUGGGACACCAAAGGGAGAAGAUAUCGACCUGAAGGGUUAUAUGAAGAAGGAUAUAUGAUGGCAAGGUUUAACACGUUUUAAAUCCAAUUGAAAAUAAUUCAAUAGUAAAAAGUUGCGAGGAUGAUUGGGAAGCUAUGAGUAUCUCGUGAUAUCCAAAAGUAAGUUUUUCUAGCAUGUACAAAUUUUUCCUUUAAUUUUAGCUAAUGUUUGUUGUACUUUUAUGUGAUAGAGAAAUAAUUAUUGACCAUGAAACUCAAGCAAAAAGGAAUAAUUAUGGAGACGAAUGAAGGGACUAAAAAUGACAAACUUGGAAUAAAUGUUUAACCCUUUUCGUACUAACAUCAGUAUGCACAUUCUCCAUACUGUUUUUGAUACAUUUUAAAAGUUUCGGUCCAGGAGAAUUUGUUUUAACAAUCAAGAGCUUCUUUAGUCAGUGAUCAUUUCCUUUAUUCUUGUGACAUUAAUGUGUGAUUCAGGGGUGAUAUUGUAAGGAGAAACUAGAUGCCAGUCACUCUUAAGUGUCAAAGGGUGAAAUAUGCAGUACACAGAAAGACGCGUAGCCCCCAUUUUACUAAUUGCUUCGUAGUUUAACUGUUAGAUUGUUUUUGUUUUAUGCCCGUUUUUGGGGAGCUCCAAGUCUAUUUACUAGAUAUGUUUUUGUCGAGUGUUUGGUAUUAUUGUAUUUAUUGUAACGCUAAUGUGUCUCAGAGCGCAUUUCGAUUGAGUGUGGAAAACAUAAACCAAAGUAAUCACCUCGGCCAAUCACAGUUAAGUGAGGUAUCACAAGAGGUCAGUGGGGACUCGAGGGAAAAACAAGCAUACCGCUUGAAGCGCGGGAAAACGCGUUAACCAAGACGCAAGUGGGUUUAGUUUUGAAUCUGAUUGGUUGAUGAAGUGGUGCGUUUUUUGUGGACAAAUCAUAGAGCAAGAAAAGCAAAACCAAAGCAACCCAGGAUUACUUUCGACACUCAAUUUUUUGCGUGCUUGGUUGCCAAGCCUUUUUAACAGAAGUAAGGCUAAGGGUGACCUUGUUCUGACACAAACCUUGCUGCUUUUCAAAUGCAAAUUACUUUGUUAUCCUGCUAACUAGAUACUGGUCUCUAUCACAACAUGGUCAACUUCAGCCUCACUCCAAAUCAAAGGCUUGGCAACUAAGUACACAACUGUAAAAUAGCCUAUUAGCUUUAUUGCUUUUGUUGAGUAUGUUAUGCCGUAGCAGGAAUUGCCCAUUGCUGUGGUUGUUUCAAAGAAUAGUGAAGCUGAAUUUAUUUUAGGAACGUAGUUGCGGAAUUUCUCGCGCGACAUUGCUACAUUUAAAGUCGAAGAGGAUUUGCCAAUGCGUGUUCGACUUGUUGAGCGAAAUUGAUCAUUUCUUCAGGUUUAACAGAUUUGUUGCAAAAGUUGCACUUGGAUCUACAUCAUGCAAAAAAGCUGCUGAAAUAGCGACUCUGACAGCUUUUGCGUAACAAGUUAAAUGUGCUCCUGGCAAUGCAGCUAACGACUUGCGGUGUCACAUGUUGCGUGACAAUUUGAACGAGUCAGUGUUUCCCUAGUGUUUCUAGGCUUUAACAGAAUUAUUAGUGUCAGGAGUCGAUGAAGGUAGAGACUGGAUCCUGCAUACGAGAGUCAUUCUAACGGUAAUCCUUGUAAAGUUAUUUCUAGAUUCAAGGUAUCUUCUAUCCCGAAUGCAGUGUGACAUGCGGCUUGUGAUGAAUAUUUUGGUGAAAAGCGAUUAGGGAUGGAUUUCCCACGUGAGCAUAAUUGAUAUUUGAUAAUUUUCUAUUUUUUAAUUUCUGGGAUCUUAGAGAACACAGCGUUCUAAAUAAAAGGCCACUUCGAAAAGUACUAUCAUACUUCACGCGCACGCGCAGCGCAAUCCUGUAAGUCUCCGUCUGUCACUGGCACAAUAGCUGUUACACAAACAACAAAGAGUAUGAUAGCAUUUUUCAAAAUGGUCAGCUUGAUAUUCUUUUUAGUAGAUAGCUCCAAGGUACGUUUAGAAUUUACACAUAGUUGAAUUAGACACAUGGUAAGAUUGAAUCCGAAUUUAUACAUCUUGUUAAUUUUUUAAAAGUUGCUCUCGAGUUUUCAUAGAGAUAUCUUUUUUUUUUUUAUGAAAACUGGACUGAACUUUGUAUCGAGAAGCUACUUAGGAUAUAUUUUUUGGUUUACUUCAACAUCUUACGCGAACUUUUAACAACAAUAUCUAAUUUGUGUGUUUUUGUUUUCAGUUCACAAUAAGUUUCAAUGUAUGUUAAACGUUUGCGUAAGUCUCAAGAGUGAAAACGUUUCUAUCCUGCGGUUCUUAGCCAAUUUAAGGCUAGUUUUAACAAAAAUGGUUAAUCUAACAUCGAAAA